AUGCUGUCAAGUCCUGGAGAGAACGCCCAAGGCGCCGUCCCAUUGUACCCAUUCCCCUGCCUGUCCAACGCCGAGCCCGCCGAGCAUACGCAGUAUAAGCCCAUGCGGAUCCCAUUUGACCUGACCGAUGCCCACUACACCUGGUUUACAAUAGGCCGUACUCCUUUGCUCCUUUUCAGGCCGUGA